AAUGAGGAUCCGGCUACAUAUUUGCACUACAAUGGAUCCAGAACAACUCCUGAUUUACUCUUGGCUUCAAGCGACAUCAGUGAGCAUACACACCGCAAAAUAAUUGACGAUCCUGGUUCUGGUCACAAACCAGUCAUUGCUAGUGUCAACAUCGGCAGCAAAAGCAUGACAACGAAAGUGCCAACUAAGCUAUCAUGGAACUUCAAGAAGGCUGACUGGCCUAGAUUCACAAACCUUUUAGAGAAUGAACUUCACACAGGUUCCCUAAACUUCAACCAACAUCCUGACAAACUUUGCGAUGAUAUCAAGAAUAUUAUGAUCAGAUGUGCAAAGAAAACUAUUCCCCAUGGUAAGACUAAACACUAUCGAGUGUUUUGGUCUAAACACCUUGAGGAACUGAAAAGAAAGCGGGAUACCCUUUGCAACACUGCCGAUCAGACUGGAAGAACGGAAGACGUACAAGCCUGGAGACGACAAUCAGCUGUCCUAAGGCAAGCCAUCUUACAAGCAAAACGGACUUCCUUCGACAAGUUCAUCUCAAAUAUCAACUAUCAAAGUGAUAGCCGAUGCACUUUCAAAUUCCUGGGCAACCUGGAAAACAACAGGGAUAGACCCAAGAAAGAACCGAUACGUUUAAAAAACUAA